GUGAACCGAACACGAACUCUUCGCGAACGAGCUUUUUUGACGGCCCAAGCCUCAAACAAAUCUAUAUAGAUAGAUUUAGGGACAUUGGCAAACACUUUUAAUCGAAUUUAUAAGUGAAAAUCUGAUGAAUUUAUGGAUACCAAAUCAAUUUUGCCUUUUGAUACGACCUAAAUCCUAGCUUUAUUAAAUCACGGACUUCAUUGAAUUUAUGUAUUUACAGAUCUAUGGAUUCACUGAAUCUUAUUAAUUUUAAAUCAUAUUUGCAGCGAAAUUUUCUCAUGGGGCGAUAUGUAAUUAUAAUGUUUAAUGAGCUGUGUUUGUAAAAUCCCCAAAUUAAAAAUCCAUAAUAUAAGCGAAAUUUAAAUCGUGGGUAUUGGUUCUGCAAUUCUCAUUCGCCUUCUGCGGAUCACUCUGGCUGUAAACCCUCUUCACGCUCCACCACGCCGGAAGAACACUGCUGCGAAAUCUUAACAGCCGUAUUAUCGUCGCCGACAAUGGACUUUCAGGUCGUCGUUCUCGCCGGCGGGGAUUCGAAGAGACUCGCUCCUCUCGUUUCCGAGGAGAUACCUAAGCCAUUGCUACCCGUGGCUAACCGCCCCGUCCUCUCUUACGUUCUCGAGCUCCUUGAAGCUAACAACCUCAAGAAUCUAAUUGUCGUUGUUGAGGGAAAAGAUGUUGCUCUUCGUGUCGGUGGAUGGAUCUCCGGUGCCUAUGUUGAUCGUCUUCACGUUGAGGUUGCUGCAGUUCCCGAGGAAUCUGGUACUGCUGAUGCAUUGCGUGCUGUUGCUCACCACUUUACUGCAAAGGAUAUUUUGGUUGUCAGUGGGGAUCUCGUUUCUAAUGUGCCUCCUGGGGCUGUCGCAGCAACACAUAGACGGCUUGGUGCUAUAGUGACCGCACUGCUUUGUAACACUCCUAUUAGCGGACCCUCUGAAAGUGGAUCAUCUAUAGUAAAGGACAAGGGAAGGAAGCCACCCCGUGUCAAUAUUGUCGGGCUGGACCAUACACGACAAUACUUAUUACAUGUGGCAGCAGGCGCCGAGGUUGGUAAAGAUAUUAAAAUUCAAAAGUGCAUACUCCAGGCUAAUGGUCAGAUGGAAAUUCGAGCUGAUCUAAUGGAUGCACAUAUGUAUGCCUUCCAAAGGACAAUAUUGCAGGAGGUUUUGGAUCAAAAUGGAAUGUUCCAAAGCAUUAAACAUGAUGUUUUUCCAUAUCUUGUUAGGACACAGAUGAGGUCAGAAAUUUUGGAUAAAAGGCCGCCAGAAAAUGGAGUGAAUGUUGCAGCUUAUACCAUAAACAGUUUGGAUCCUGCUGUUGAAACAUUGACUGACAGAACGCAUAAGUGCUGUGCUUACAUUGCCACCAAAAGCAAUUAUUGUUCCCGCUUGAAUUCUGUUCAAGCUUUCUGUGAUAUUAAUCGCGAUAUGGUCGGAGAGGCUGGUCACCUUUUUGGGUAUUCUUUCUCUGUACAGAACAACAUUGUUCAUGCUUCUGCAGAACUUGGAUCCAAAACUACUGUUGGACCACAAUGCAUGCUUGAUGAAGGUUCAAAGCUGGGUGACAAAUGUAGUGUAAAGCGCUCUGUUAUUGGUCGACACUGUAGAAUUGGUUCUAAUGUGAAGAUUGUCAACUCUGUCGUUAUGAAUCAUGUCACCAUUGAAGAUGGCUGCUUUAUUCAGGGUUCUGUUAUUUGCAGCAAUGCGCAACUUCAAGAGCGUGUUAUUCUAAAGGAUUGUCAGGUUGGAGCAGGAUAUGUUUUGACAUCUGGAAGUGAAUAUAAAUCUGAAUCUUUGUCAAAGAAAUAGAAUAUCAACCAUUGUGUUGGUAACUCUGAUAAGGAGAAUUGGAUCAAGGCAUCAUAUGCGAACAUAUGCGAACGCUUAAUUCUGAAGGGUACGUCACACUGUCAGAUGGUUUCGGCAGAAUCUUGAGUUUGGCGGUUAGGUCCCCCAUAAACUCGCUUCAGGAAAACCUAAUUCAAGUUCUCUUGUAGAAGGCGAUGGGCCGGAUCUUUACUUUGUCUACAAAGGAACUGUCUUGUUUUGUCAUGUAAUAUCUUCUUAUGACUCAUUUGGUUCUUGUUGAUUGAAAUAAUAUUUUAGAGAUUGAUUUUUUU